ACCACCAGUAGUCAUUGAGUCUUAGGUUGAGCAGUGGCGCCCUAGCUAAUUAAACAACCAAAAAUCCCUUCCAUCCAGAUGAUUGCCACAAGUCAUUAUAAAGAGCUCCAUUAUAAAAGGGUAGCUAGCCACCAAUAUAACUUGUCUCUGCAGCUAGGCCCUCUUCUCACUCUCUCCCUUCUCUUCUACUUCCAUUAAUCCCUACACACUCCAAGCCCUCUAGCUAGCUAAUUAAGCUAGUGCAUGCUAGUGCCAUAUCUGUCUAUCUACUACUAUAAGAGAUUGAAAGGAGCUGCACCCUCCAAGGGGUUCAUCUUCGAUCGAUCAUACUCAUUUAUAGAAACUACGAGGUGGCCAACAAUGUCACGGCCGAGGAAAGCAGCCAUGGAAGAAGAGGAUUCAUCCACCGAGCUCCGGAGAGGCCCCUGGACGCUCGAGGAAGACAACCUCCUCAUGAGCUACAUUGCCUGCCACGGCGAGGGCCGCUGGAACCUCCUCGCCCGCUGCUCCGGGUUGAAGAGGACGGGGAAGAGCUGCAGGCUGCGGUGGCUCAACUACCUGAAGCCGGACAUCAAGAGAGGCAACCUGACUGCCGAGGAGCAGCUGCUCAUCCUGGAGCUGCACGCCAAGUGGGGCAACAGGUGGUCAAGGAUCGCGCAGCACUUGCCGGGCAGGACAGACAACGAGAUCAAGAAUUACUGGCGGACCAGGGUGCAGAAGCAGGCCAGGCAGCUCAACGUGGACGCAAAUUCCCCCGUGUUCCGUGACGCCGUCCGCUGCUACUGGAUGCCCCGCCUGCUUGACUCGCAGUACAUGGCGGCUUUCCAGGCUCAGGCUCAGGCGGCGCAUACGCCGGAGUCGGGGACGACGAUGCAGAUGCAGCAGCAAGAGCAGCAGUACAACUGCUGCUACCCUGUUGAGAAUCAUAGCCCGAGCACGGCCACGGCGUCGACGUCCGGCGGCGGUGGCGGAGAGAUGGCGACGGCGGCGAUGCAGCAGCAGCAACAGGCGGCGGUAUUGCCGGUGCCCUGCUUCUCCGAGCUCAACUGGGACCUCGACGACUACCCGGCGGCGGCGAUGCUGGGAAGCAGCUGUCUUGGGCUCGAUGGGCUGGACCUUGGCCCGGCCCAGGCCCACGAGGCCGACUCGACGGCGACGCUGCUGGACUACGUCAACCACUCGAGCUUCACUUACAACCACAUGAACUAUUACUACUGCGGCGGCGCCAUGGACGACGACGGCGGCGAUCAUCUUCUUCAUGGCUCGACGACGUCGGCGGCGAGGAAGCUAGGCGAGUGGGGAUCAGGAGGAAUCUAGAAACUUGGAAAUUCUAGCUAGCUAGCUAGCUAAGUUAGUAAUCCUUAGUAAUAGUAAUGCUACUCUAAUUAGUUAAUGAAGCUAAAAUUAUCCAGCCAA